UUUUGAUGCGGACAUGUGAUCCCGAACUCCUCAAAUCGCAAAGCUAUUAGGUCUCUUGGUUUGAACAAAGAGCCAAAUCCCGGAUUUUAUGGUACAGCCAACAGUUUUUCCAAUGCUGCAAAAUAAUCUGGAAAGGUUUGCAAGUUACCCGUAAGAACGUCGCUCACAUUGCUCCUGCAUAACAGAACGGUCUCCCCAGGUGAGGUCAGCGAAGGAGCCGGCCCAGGCCCCCGACCGCGCCGCCAUGAUGGAGGGCGGCAUGCAGCUGCUGAACCGCGACGGCCACAGCAUAUCCCACAACUCCAAGCGGCACUACCACGACUCCUUCGUCUCCAUGAACCGCAUGCGCCAGCGCAACCUGCUCUGUGACAUCGUGCUGCACGUGGGCAGCAAGGAGAUCAAGGCGCACAAGGUGGUGCUGGCGUCCUGCAGCCCCUACUUCCACGCCAUGUUUACAAAUGAGAUGUCGGAGAGCCGGCAGACCCACGUCACGCUGCACGACAUCGACCCCCAGGCGCUGGAGCAGCUCGUGCAGUACGCCUACACAGCUGAGAUCGUGGUGGGCGAGGGCAACGUGCAGACCCUCCUCCCGGCCGCCAGCCUCCUGCAGCUGAACGGGGUGCGGGACGCCUGCUGUAAGUUCCUCCUCAGCCAGCUCGACCCCUCCAACUGCCUAGGCAUCCGCGGCUUCGCCGACACGCACUCCUGCAGCGACCUGCUCAAGUCCGCGCACAAGUACGUCCUGCAGCACUUCGUGGAGGUGUCCAAGACCGAGGAGUUCAUGCUGCUGCCGCUCAAACAGGUGCUGGAUCUGAUCUCCAGUGAUAACCUGAACGUGCCGUCGGAGGAGGAGGUGUACAGGGCCGUGCUCAGCUGGGUGAAGCACGACGUCGACGGGCGGCGGCAGCACGUGCCGCGGCUGAUGAAGUGCGUGCGGCUGCCCUUGCUGACGCGGGACUUCCUGAUGAGCAGCGUGGACACGGAGCUGCUGGUGCGGCACCACUCGGAGUGUAAGGACCUGCUGAUCGAGGCGCUGAAGUACCACCUGAUGCCGGAGCAGAGGGGCGUGCUGAGCAACAGCCGAACCCGCCCGCGUCGCUGUGAGGGGGCCAGUCCCGUGCUCUUCGCCGUCGGCGGGGGGAGCCUGUUUGCCAUCCACGGUGACUGUGAGGCGUACGACACGCGCACCGACCGCUGGCACAUGGUGGCCUCCAUGUCCACACGCCGGGCGCGCGUGGGCGUGGCCGCCAUCGGGAAUAAGCUGUACGCCGUCGGAGGAUAUGAUGGCACCUCAGACUUGGCCACUGUGGAGUCGUAUGACCCCAUUACCAACUCCUGGCAGCCGGAGGUCUCCAUGGGAACCCGGCGCAGCUGCCUGGGCGUGGCCAUCCUGCACGGCCUGCUGUACGCAGCGGGGGGGUACGAUGGCGCUUCCUGUUUGAACAGCGCAGAGAGAUUUGACCCCCUGACUGGAACCUGGACCUCCGUCGCUGCCAUGAGCACCCGGAGGAGAUAUGUGCGCGUGGCCACACUGGAUGGAAAUCUGUAUGCGGUGGGUGGAUACGACAGCUCUUCGCACUUAGCAACGGUAGAGAAGUACGACCCUCAGAGCAACGCCUGGACGGCCAUCGCUAACAUGCUGAGCCGCAGGAGCAGCGCUGGCGUAGCCGUGCUGGAGGGCAUGCUCUACGUCGCCGGGGGCAACGACGGCACCAGCUGCCUGAACUCAGUGGAGAGGUACAACCCCAAAACCAACACCUGGGAGAGCGUGGCGCCCAUGAACAUCCGCAGGAGCACACACGACCUGGUGGCGAUGGACGGCUGGCUGUACGCGGUGGGCGGGAACGACGGCAGCUCCAGCCUGAACUCCAUGGAGAAGUACAACCCGCGCAGCAACAAGUGGGCGGCGGCCUCCUGCAUGUUCACCCGCCGCAGCAGCGUGGGCGUGGCCGUGCUGGAGCUGCUCAACUUCCCCCCGCCCUCCUCCCCCACCCUGUCCGUCUCCUCCACCAGCCUAUGACAAAGAGCC